UGAACCCUUCGGUCCUGGGAGGCAGUGCAGAUAUGACCACAGUGCCCAUGGAGCCGGUGGGAGUUCUCGCAGAAACGGGCGCCAAUGCCACCGACUCACCUCUGAGCUCGCAUGAGGACACGGCCGCCACCUUUACCAUCGGCACCAUCCUCUCCAUCAUGUGCCUCGUCGGAGUCUCGGGGAACAGCUACACCCUGGCGGUCAUGUGCCGCUCCAUGAGGACUGCAGCCUCCAUGAACAUCUACAUCAUAAACCUGGCGUUGGCAGAUCUGCUGUAUCUCCUCACCAUACCCUUUGUCGUCUGCACACACUUCCUGAAGGGGUGGCACUUUGGGGACGCGGGGUGUCGGAUUCUGAUCAGCAUAGACUUCCUGACCAUGCACGCCAGCAUCUUCACGCUGACCGUCAUGAGCACGGAGCGCUACUUCGCCGUGCUCAAGCCACUCGACGCGGUCAAGCGGUCCAAAAGCUACCGGAAGGCCAUCGCUCUGCUGGUGUGGGCGGCGUCGCUCAUCCUCACCCUGCCGAUGAUCGUGAGCAUUCAGCUCAUGACAGUGGACAAGAAGGCGAUGUGCCGGCCCACGUUGUCGCCACUCUCCUACAAGGUUUACAUCUCCUUCCUGUUUUGCACUAGCAUCGUGGCUCCUGGACUGAUCAUUGGCUAUCUCUACAUGCAGCUCGCACGCACUUAUUGGAUUUCACAGACAGAGACGUUCAAACAGACGAAGAAACCCCACAAUCAAAAGGUGCUGUACCUGAUCUUCACCAUCGUGCUCCUCUUCUGGGCUUGCUUCCUGCCCUUCUGGAUCUGGCAGCUGCUGGGUGAGUUCCACCCCUCACUGCCCCUUUCAACCAAAGCCAAACGCAACAUCAACUACCUGACCACGUGUCUGACGUAUUCCAACAGCUGCAUCAACCCCUUUCUGUACACGCUGCUCACCAAGAACUACAAGGACUACCUGAGGAAGCACAAGCGGUCCUGGACAGCGGGCAGCUACUUCAGCCGGAGGAGUCGCUUCCAGCGUUCGUCACGCAGGUCGCCGUCUUCCAGCAGCCAGCAGUGCACCGAGAGCUUCGUGCUCUCGCACGCCGCCUCCCUGCGGGUACAUAACAGCAGUUCGUAAAGAUAUGGGCUGAGAUGUGCUGAGGAAGAGAGGACAAGAGGAAGAUGCUGUUGGAGACGACACAAAACACGAGCAGACGCUGAACUCCUUCAUUCGCUGAUCACGACAUGUGGACGAGCCGGAACCGAACCAAGCAGCUAGUUUGGUGCCGUCUGAGAUCGGUCUACAAUUUAUUUGUCUCUCCCUGAACUUCCCCACGGCAUGAGGACAAAGAUCAGCGUCUUGCAUAACAAAACUGAAGCUUUAACUUUCAUGCAAUCUUGUGUGUUUACCCUCUGUCCUUCAACCGGGGUGUAAUGCUGACGCAAGAGUGAGUUCAAGGCAACAUUAUAGAGGCAUCAGUGGUUUGAUUUACAUAGAAAUAGAGGUAGUUAUAUUGUAUCUGUGAAGAAGAAAAAUAAAUGUGUCUGGCAUGUGAUAUUGGAAAUCUGUGACACGGUUGCACUGGCUGACAUGUUCAUUAUUACCAUGAGCAUAGAAUUUUUUUUUGUAUUAAUUUUUAUCCUUGAGUCACUAUACCAGGGGUGGGCAAACUUUUUGACUUGCGGGCCGCAAUUGGUUCUAAAAUUUGACAGAAGGGCCGGGCCAGGAGCUGUUGGACACGCAAUGUAAUUUAUUAAACCCGGAGAUUGCAUCUGAUUUUUAUACAUUUCAAUUGAAGAUGCAAAGUUAAAGAAAUCAUCAUUUACUGAAAAAAGAUCAAUGGAAUCACUUUCAACAUUCAAAACAUUAUUACCCAACGAAAUAAUCAAGCUCAAUAAUUUCUAAUUGUUUUUAACCCCGCAAAAUAAUGGACGGAUUGUCUCAGCUCUCUAUAUAAUGAGGCACAAUUGUCCUCAGGUACAAGUGGGAAGAGAAAAUAUGACCUUAAAGCUGAAAAUUGAAGUUCGAUUUUUAAAAAUUCUUCAUAUCUCUUCUGAAAACACCUUUACUCAUGUGGACAAACUGUUUUUGUUUUUGAAAUUGGUUUACCAAAAGGUCAUAGGUUCACAAAAGCAGUGAAAUAUCUGAAUACAAUGCUAUAUACAUAUAAAUAAAUGUGGAAAACUAAAUUUGGUAUUAUCGUUUCUUGAGUAAAAAUGAUGUGGUCUGUCACGUAUUCACCAAAAUGAUAAAGAUGGGAAUGAGAAAUGACUUCAAAUUGCAGUUAAAGUUUCAU